UCAAGCAUACAGCCAUUUUUCAGCGCGUUGUUUGUAUUUUAUAUCGGUCGGCGUCAGUUGCAAUUCAACUCAAUUUCUCGGAGCGCAUCAAUUACCGUGUAUUAAACUGUCGCCGACGCCAAAAUAAAAGAGAUCGUGCAACACGGCCAAGAAUAACCAAUGUUGAGCAAAAUGGCGCAACCGAACAGUGCUGGAGGCGGUGGAUCAGGAGGAGGGGGAGCUGGUGCAGGUCCCAGUGGCCCCGGUCGUCGCCUACCCCUAUCGCUCAGCGGUGGCUCUGCAGUUUCCCGCAUACAAUCCGGCACUAAUGGCCGCUCCAACAGCCCCCAGAAUGGUGGCAACCAAAAAGUAAAUGCCACCGCCCCGUUGGGAGCUGUGAAAAAGCCUCACAAUCACACGCGUUCAUCGUCAAGCAGUUCGGCGUCUUCUAGUGCCUCCAAGGAUGAGGAUAAGAAGAGCCAAAACGGCGUCAGCAAGUCCACCAACGGCAAGGAGAAGCCCCCGCAGAAUGGCAAGGACCAGAAGGAGUCAAAGCCUAAAGAUAAGGCCUCUGACAAAGUGGAGAAGGAAGUGGUGACCGAGAAGCAAGGGCCAGCAGAGAAGAAUGAAACUGCGGAGGAAUCCAAAAAGGAAGCUAUCGCUUCUGAGGUUCCCAAACCAGAAGAUAAAGCAGAUGUAGUCAUUAUUCUGGAUGAUGAACCACAGGAGGCGGAGAAGGCUCCGGAGCCCAGUACGCCCACCAAGGAGCGCAAAUCCACUCGCAAGUCGGGCAGCCAACAGACGUCCCCAGUAGCCAAGCAGCCUUCCGUUUCGCCGGCUCAAAAGAAAUCAGUAGAUGUGACUCCCACUAAAGUUGCGGAACCAUCUCCGCCAGCACAACCCGAGGAUGUGGAAAUGGAGCCGCUAACAGUGGAUGCAUCUCCCAUACGCAGCGUCCGCAGUAACCUGGAUGCCCAGCCAGCGGCCACCUCCACACCGGGACGUAGUAUCUUUGGUUUCCGAAGCGGCAGCAAGCAGAGCACUGAGGUGGAACUGGCUGCCCAGGCCUCCAGUUCACCCGUCACGGCUCCGCCACGCACUUUCGCCCAGAUAAGUGGCCGGCGCAGUAUACGAGGACUCAACACUUUGACGCCCUCGAAGGUGGGCAGCUACAGGUGCGCUCCCAGCGAUCUGGACACCUCGAACUGCACCAAUGCCAGUAUGAACGCCACCGUGGGAUCUGAAAUCCCCAACAGCUCGUCGUUUUCGUUCUCCAUCUUUCGAUCCGGACGCAAGCGUGACCGUACUCCUCCGGUGCUUUCUGGAUCUCAGUCGACCAAUGAUCUGGCCCAGGAUGUAGAAAUGUCGCCGCCGAAGCGAGCCCGUUUCGACAUUUUCCAUUUGAAUCUGCCGUCGCCAUUUAGCCUGCUACGUGCGCGCUUCUCCAAGACGACCAUCAGCAAUCCGACGCGUCUGUGUCUGGAUCAGGCUCCGUUUGCCGAUGAUGGUGGCGAGGUACAAAACGUGUCGGGCAUUGUGAUCGAGGAGGAGGCCAAGCUAAACACAUCUUCGGUCAGUUUGCCAGAAGGAGCGGAGGAGAAAGGCCAGGAAGUUGUCAAAGAUCUGUCUGUGGGCCAGGAGGCCGGUGUGGAAACGCCGAAGAAAGGUGGUUCGCCCGUAAAAGAAAUCCCCGCCGAGAAAGGUGUUGAUGGCAAUGACGAAGAAGUUCCCGUCAACGAAGAGAAUAUUCCACCGGUCGUGGAGUCGGCGGAUACGGAGACUAACCGAUCCCGCUGCUCCAUUAUGUAGAAGAAUAUAAGCAUAAUCACUUCCCUAGAUCAUAAGUAUUACGUAGCAUAUCUGGUUUUCCCUCUUUAUGGUAAUUUGUGUUUUGGACGUAAAAUUACAUAGUAAGGAGAUGUGACGACUUCUAUCAGUCGGACCUGGUCUUGUAUUUUUUAACAAAAACUUGACCAGGUCUGAAGUUUUACCAAUCUCGACUGUGAUUUCUCGGUGGAUGGCUGUUGGCUAACAAAGCAACCAUCUUCCGAAGAAUCGCUUCAAAUCUAAGCCUGUUUACCCAGCCUAAUUGGGUAUCGAACCGAAAAACAAAAUACACAUUUAUAUUAUACCAUUACACUAUAAUUAAUGCAGUUUUUUUAAGAAUAAAAAUAUUUCUUUGAUUGUCCUUUUCCAACCACCAGUAUAUGCAAUAAGCUAUUUUGAUCUGUAAAAAUGUAAUACGUAUUUCAUAAAUAAAAUGGAUUUUUGAAAAA